AUGGCUGUCUCAGUUCUUCGGCUGAUGGUUGUCCUGGGACUGUGUGCCCUAAUCCUGACAAGCCAGGCAGAUGACAACCCAAAGGAAGAUGAGAACCCAGAUGAGAAAUCAGAUAACAAUCCAGAUGACUCCAGUAAAAAACCAGAGCCAGAGUUCCCCAAAUUCUUAAGUCUCCUGGGUUCAGAGAUCAUUGAGAAUGCAGUGGAUUUCAUCCUUCGCUCCAUGUCCAGAGGAUCAAGUUUUAUGGAACUCGAUGAGGACCCCGGACAGCCAUCUUCAAAAGUGACCUCCUAA